CCUCUCUGUGCUCCGGCGCGGGGAGAAGUUACUGUCACCCACACUCUGGUGUCGUCACACCGCCCGGCUCUCGCGGUCCGGUUGACUCUCGGAGGGAAACACCGCCGCGGAAGCUGAGCCGACUUCCUGUUGGGUCCUAACAGUUAGAAGGUGGCUCCUGCACUAGCCUGGAUCCCAGGGAGGAGGGUGUUUGUCGGCGGUGAACUUCUCCCGAGUAGAGGUGACGGAGGUCUGAAGGAGGCAGUGGUGAUCAAGAAAAUGAUCCACAGCUUAUUCCUCAUAAACUGUUCCGGUGACAUAUUUUUAGAGAAACACUGGAAGAGCGUUGUAAGCCAGUCUGUCUGUGACUAUUUCUUUGAAGCUCAGGAGAAAGCUGCUGAUAUUGAAAAUGUCCCACCUGUCAUUUCAACACCUCACCACUACCUCAUCAGUAUCUACCGGGAUAAGCUCUUCUUUGUGUCUGUCAUACAGACUGAAGUGCCACCUCUUUUUGUAAUUGAAUUCCUGCAUAGAGUUGCUGACACGUUUCAGGACUACUUUGGUGAGUGCUCAGAGGCUGCAAUUAAGGACAAUGUGGUCAUAGUGUAUGAGCUCUUGGAAGAAAUGUUAGACAAUGGAUUUCCACUGGCUACUGAGUCCAACAUUUUGAAAGAACUGAUUAAACCACCAACGAUUUUACGUUCGGUCGUCAAUUCUAUUACAGGCAGUAGUAAUGUUGGAGACACACUCCCCACUGGGCAGUUGUCCAACAUUCCAUGGAGGCGAGCAGGAGUAAAGUACACAAACAACGAAGCCUAUUUUGACGUUAUUGAAGAGAUAGAUGCAAUUAUAGAUAAAUCAGGGUCUACCGUCUUUGCAGAAAUUCAGGGGGUCAUCGAUGCUUGUAUUAAACUGUCAGGAAUGCCUGACCUAUCUCUCUCUUUUAUGAACCCCAGACUUCUGGAUGAUGUCAGCUUCCACCCUUGCAUCCGGUUUAAGCGUUGGGAAUCUGAAAGAGUUUUGUCAUUUAUUCCUCCAGAUGGAAAUUUCCGACUUAUAUCGUAUCGCGUUAGCUCACAAAAUCUAGUGGCAAUUCCAGUAUAUGUGAAGCACAGCAUCAGCUUUAAGGAGAGUAGCUCUUGUGGCCGAUUUGAUAUUACAAUUGGACCAAAGCAGAACAUGGGAAAAACGAUCGAAGGAAUCACAGUGACAGUUCACAUGCCGAAAGUUUUGCUGAAUAUGAACCUGACACCAACUCAAGGCACUUACACAUUUGACCCUGUCACCAAGGUACUAACAUGGGAUGUGGGGAAAAUUACUCCACAAAAGCUCCCAAGUCUUAAAGGGCUGGUGAAUUUACAGUCUGGAGCACCCAAGCCAGAAGAGAAUCCAAGCCUGAACAUACAGUUUAAGAUCCAGCAGCUUGCUAUUUCAGGUUUAAAGGUAAACCGCUUGGACAUGUACGGGGAGAAAUAUAAGCCAUUUAAAGGAGUCAAAUAUGUCACAAAAGCUGGAAAGUUCCAAGUGAGAACAUGAGAAGAGGCCAAAAUUCCUCACAAUCAGUUUGUUUCCAAGUGUCAUUACAGUAUAUCACUAGUAGGUACCAAGUGGGUGGGAAUACAUACUCUAGUUAAAGCAUUUGUGUUGAGCUACACAACUCUUAACAAAGUAGCUUAGUAAUCAGUGUAAAAUUCUUAAGGAGCUUUAAGCUAAGGAAAUUUUUCUAAUGACUGCUUAUUUUGUAUCUUUUCAUUAAGACUUUGAGCAGUGAUUUCUUCUAUAAGGGGUUAUUAGCUGGAUGCUGCACAUGGUAAUAGUAAAGGCAGAAGGCUAUAAUGAUAACCUCUCUUCUAAAAGAAGUGACUGGUCUCAACCAGCAGGAGCUGUCUUAUUCUGUGAUGUUAUGUAUCAGGUACAGCCUAAUAGUAAACUUGACCUUGCCCACCCCAAAUUAGCAUUUGUUCCAAAAUAGAGGAAGAUUCUUCCACCCUGUACCCCACCCUAAGAAGUUUACAGAAAACUGCCUCUUCAAAGUGUUUGCCUUAUUCAGCGUUUCACUUGUGCCAUUAAGCAAGCACUGUAGCAAAGGCCACCUCCACAUGGCCCUGGCGGGGAACACUACUAUUCCCUGUUCCACUCUCACUGUACUUGGUAUUGUAUUUUUUAUAAAUAAGGUUUUUAUGUAAAAUUCGGUUUCGGAUUUACAGAGACCUCCGUGUAGUAAAUGCCAUCUUAAUGUUGUACCACUGAUUCAGUUGUUAAAUAGCACAGUCAAAAUCAUUUGGGUCAGAGGUGAAUGCUUCAUUAAAGUAAUGAAAGAGACACUACUUCUGCUUUUAGGAAGUGCCCACAAGCCCACGCAUUUCAGUUCUGAAGCAAAUUAAAGUAGUAAGAAACAAGCCGAAACGUUUGCCAUCUUUGUGUUUAAUAAAGUGUACCCCACAUCAUGUAAAUAACCAUGGUUAGCCUAAAUGCCUAUGCCCUGCUUUAGCAAAAGGAGAGAAAUGUACCUGCCUCUCUAGUUUGUUUGUUUUUUUCUUUAAAUCUUUUUGAUUGUUGCUCAAGGUUUUGCAUUUGCCUGUGUCCCUAGCAGGAGCUCCUUUUUCCUAUUAUAUGGUUCUCAUGGAAAACUCUUAAUGGAUUACAAUUCAAACUCUUACAUGAAGCUAUUGUUAUAAAUUGUCACUAGAGUACUUGCUGUCUCUAUUGUGUAUGAAAAAGUGGCCCGUUGAGGCAGAAAAGAUCCUCAGUUAUUGACUAAUUUGAUCAUGUGGCUCACUAGUCAAUCAAAGGUUGCAGUAUUGUUGUCACUCAACCUCAGCUUGGAAGUCACUGCCCAGUUAAUUUGUCUCCUUAGACAGAGAGGAAUGGAGAAAAGCUGAAGAAGAAGGGUUUAUAGUUCACAUUUCCUUCUUGCCCUUAUUAUGUUUCUUUUCCUUGUGACUCCAGUUUAUUUCAUUAUCAGCCACGGACACCCCCUCUUACUCUCCCAUUUCUGCUGUCAAAGGCUAGUGGUUGGUGCUAAUGUAGUGAGUCCCACUAGACAACAGCAUUCUUCUUACCUUUACUUGCCGAGAACACCCAACUUGUCUUCCAUGUGAUAUAAAAGGCCAGUGUUUACAACUUCUAAAUUUCUAGGGUAACCAAUCAAGAUUGGCAACUAAAACCAAACGGUUGCCGAAUAGCUUAAGACUGACUACCCAGUUCAUUUGCGUGCUGUUCCGUGUCUUCCUCCUCAGAGUUCUUUUUCUUUAUGCAGAGUCUCUAAUCUGAACCAUACAUACCUGGACUGUUCAGUGUUCCUCUUAUGCUGUUUUCUUAUAUAUAUGAUGACGAUUAUGUGCCAAGAGUACCUUGUCUCUAGAAAUUUCUAUCCCAAAUAGCCUUUCCUUUUGCAAUUAAAUUAUUGUAUUUAUUAAUUUGGUAGAAUCCAGUAAUUUUUUUCUCUAGCUCUGCCUAUACUGUCAAUAAAAAGAUAAACCAA